AAUUUAAAAUCAUCGAAUAAAGUUUUUAUAUGCCUGGAAACUUUUUUUUUAUUGGCGCCAAUUCAAUGCAUGGAACUAUUCUCAAGCUCUGAAACGAUUUCAAAUUUUUCUUUUUGGGAUCUUUUAUGAUCCAAAUAUGAAUAUUACAAUAGUUCAGCAGACAAUUAUCUUGUUCAUUUUGGCAUAUUCAAUUGUUCUAGUUUUUCUUCUCAAAGCAAGCAACAAAUAUCCAAUCCAAUAUCAAUUAACAGAACAUCAUCAUCAUCCGAAAACGACGGGUGUUAUUUUCGAAUUUGAAAAUUUUCAAAAUGAUCUCUUUGAAACUGUAAAAAAUGUCUGUGUUAAUGUUGAUCUGGUGAUUGUAUUCAGUGAAACAUUUAUUUAUCCAACGAUUGAUUUUGCAACCAUUUCUGAUUGUCGGAUCAAAUUAAUUGAAUCAGAAAAAUCUAUAAGUGAUAGUUUUGAACAAAAAAAUGUUUACAAUUUCAUCCAAAAUGAUUAUUUGCUUAUCUUACCUGAUUAUACACGAAUCUAUUAUCCAAAUAAUUUAUCGAUUAUCGAUGAUCUUGUAUCCAGAAUAAAUCAAGUCAAAGCUGAUGCUUUGUUAUUAACUUUUUCAAAUGAUAAAAACAAAACCAAAUGUCACUAUUUUAACCUCGACAUACGUCGUUGGACAUUGAAUUUUGUUGAUAAUGGAACCAACUGUUUUUACAGAAAUGGAUUUGCUUUAUUUUUACCUAAGCGAAUAUUUUUCAAAUUAUCCUAUCCUUUACUUCGUCCUUUCUUACAAUCAUUUUUGAUACAAUCACAAAUAUUGAAUAUAAAGGUUUCCAUUUUUGAUUCACCUUUAUUUCUUUUUUCGAAUGGAUUGGAAAUAUUUUCUGAUCAUUACACUAAAAGUAAACAUGAUCAUCUGGAAAAACAACGACUUGAAUCAAUGUAUGUGAAAUUGGGCAUCAAGAAAAUUGUCAAUCGCACAGAUGAUUCGAUCGAAUGGUAUGGUUGUGAUAGAAAUCGACCAAGAUGUUUUGGUUCGAUCACAAACGAUAUGCCAGAUUAUUUGAUUAAAAAUCGUUGGCUUCCACCUUGUUGUCGACGUAAUCUUGAAAUAACUGGACGUUAUGUUUUUAAUUUAUUAGAGAAAUCUAAUGUUCGUUAUUGGCUUGAAGGUGGAUCACUGCUUGGUGCAGCUAGAAAUGGUAAGAUUAUUGAUUGGGAUUAUGAUAUCGAUAUCGGUAUCUAUCAUGAAGAUAUGCACAAAUUAUCGAUUCUACAAAUUUUAUUCGAUAAACCAUCUGGUUAUCAUGUUGAAGAUGGACAAGGAUUCGUUUGGGAAAAAGCAUUGGAAGGAAAUUUUAUCAAAAUUCAUUAUAGUUUAAUCAAUAGGAUACAUGUUGAUAUUUUUCCAUUUGUAGCUUUGAACGGUACAAUGACCAAAGAUACUUGGUUCGAAAAUCAUCCACAAGAUAUGCCUUUUCCGGAAUAUUUUCUGAAACCAUUGAAACAAUUAUCAUUUAUCGGCAUCAAUGUAAGCGUACCGAAUAAUGUUGAAAAAUUUUUGGAAAUGAAAUUUGGUUCCAAUGUCAUUGAAGAGCGUCGAUAUCCGAAUAAUCAGACAAUUGAUUGAAUAACAAGAAUUUUUUUUAUUUCGAAUUUAUUUAGAAAAAAAAAUUUAAUCAAAACUAGCCCAUAUAACAAAUUCAAUACAUUUGAAGUGCAGAAUAAAAUAAAAUGAUGAUUUUUGUUUAUCAUACGAAUGUUAAUAGCAAUGUACGCUAAUUAAUGAAAAUAACAAAAAUAAAAUUAGACAAAAUUUUUCUACCA